AUGGCCCGCUUCAGCCUCUUUUCAAUCACCAUUUUUGUGGUCCUCGCCGCCAUCGCCCUGUCCAUGCCCACCAAGCCCGACUAUGCCCAGGGCCUGACCCUCGCAAACGCGUUUGCUGGCCUCAAGACUGCCACAAAAUCUCUGGAGGGGUUCGGCGACAAGAAGGAUACCAAUGACAAGGAAAACGAGGACAACCAGGCCCUGGCGGCCGCCCAAGCCGCAGUGAAGUCGGUCAAGGGUGGAAAUGACGACAAUGACGAUGAUUCUGACAAGCCCUCCGGUGCCCAGGAUGAGGUGAACGACAAGCCUACUCGCACCGAGAAGAAGCUCAGCUCGGGCAACUUUGUCACUCCUUCCGCUACCCACACCCACCACCCUAGCUCCCAGCCCAACGCUCUGGGCAAGCUCCCUCUCGUUGGUGGCCUCCUGGGUGGCACCGGUGGUCCUCUGUAA